GUAGACAUAUCCAGUCUGUCCCAGUCUGUCUUUGAGACAUCCUGUGUGAGUGAUCAUCUCCUUCAUCCCAUCAACAGCAGGCUGACUCAGAUUUUCUGAUUGGUGUUGAUGUCCAGGUUCUCGAGGGCAGCGAGGAGCCACCAGAACGCUAAAGAUGAAGUUUGAGAACAUCUUGGAGGAAGUCGACGGUUUUGGACCUUUCCAAAUCGCCAUCAUCAUCCUGCUGUGCAGCCCUCGAAUCGUCCUGCCCUGUCACUACCUGCUGAACAACUUCAUCGCCGCGGCGCCUCCUCACCACUGUGACAUCAGCACCCUGGACGAUGGAGGACUCUUCGGGAAUCUGACUCAGCAGCAGAGGCUCGCCGUCGGCGUUCCUGUGCGAGAAGACGGCGACCCAAAAUCCUGCGAGAUGUUUGCAGAGCCUCAGUUUCAGCUCUUAGCCAACAGCUCCCACGAUGCCGAGCUGCCAACAGUUCAGUGUCAGAGUGGAUGGAUUUACGACAACUCCACCUUCGCCUCCACCUUAGCAACAGAGUGGGACCUCGUCUGUGACAGGAAAAGCCUGACAAAAACCACUGGCACCAUCUUCUUCUUCGGCGUGAUGAUUGGAGCCAUAGUGUUUGGACACUUCUGUGAUAAGUAUGGGAGGAAAACAACUCUGCUGGCCUCCUACGUCAUGGCUCUCGUGUUCGGCUUCUCCAGCGCGUUUGCAAACUCCUACAUUGUGUUCGCAGUGUUGAGGUUCCUCACUGGGUUCGGACUGACUGGAAUCGGCAUCACGUCGAUAGUUCUCAGCAUCGAGUGGGUCGACACUCGCCACAGGUCGUUUAUCGGCGUGAUCGGCAGCCUGUCCUGGUCUGCAGGCAACAUGCUGCUGGCUGGAUUAGCCUUCGCGGUAAAUGACUGGCGGGCACUGACCAUGACCGUUACAGCCCCGCUGGGAGUUGCAGUUUUGACCUGGUGGUGGAUUCCUGAAUCCGCUCGAUGGCUUUUAGCCAAUGGGAAGGUGGAAAAAGCCCAGUUUUACCUUGACAGGUGUGCGACGUGCAACAAAAGACAACAACAGUCAAACACGUUAAACCUGGAGACGCUCUCCGACAUGAAGCUCCUGGAAAAUCGGGACAAAAACUACACUUACCUUCAUCUGAUCAAGACCCCAAAGAUGAGACAGUUAACUCUGCUGACUGGGGUCGUGUGGUAUGGAGUCGCCUCCACGUAUUACGGGAUCAGUCUGAACAUCAGUGGAUUCGGUCUGAACGUGUACCUCACACACUUCAUGUACGCUGCCAUCGAAGUCCCUGCCAAGCUGCUCAUCUAUUACUUCCUCAACAUCAUCGGACGGAGGAAAUGCCAAGCCGGAACGCUCUUACUGACGGGAACCUGCAUCGCCAUCAACAUCUUCAUCCCAGAAAGUCUGUGGCAUGUGCGUGCUGUUGUUGCCAUCCUUGGAAAAGGCCUGUCAGAAGCUUCCUUCACAACAGUCUUCCUCUACACAACCGAACUUUACCCCACAGUCAUCAGACAAAACGCUCUGGGCUACAACAACUUCAUGAGUCGUCUGGGGGUUUCGGUGGCUCCACUCAUCCUGCUGCUGGAGGACGUGUGGACUCUUCUUCCUCAGAUCAUCAUCUGCUCUGUGGCCAUCAUUUCUGGCCUGUUGUCUCUGCUGCUUCCUGAGACACUCGACGUCAGGCUGCCAGAGACAAUUGACGACAUUGAAAAGCCAAGAGGAAACGACGUCUCUGAUGGCUCUGUGGAGCAUUCGGGUGUUUUCCUGGAAUUAAAGAGCGCAGCAGACACCAGCAGUGAAGAGACGAGUAAAACAAGGACCGAGCGAGACCACACGUCACACAGGAAGUGAGCGCACGGGCAUCGUGUCUUCUCUGCUGUUUGUAAGAAAACUCAGGUCAAAAUAUUUUCUAUUCAUACACCUGAAUAUUGAAAAGAAUUUAUUUAUAAUAUACAAACUGAAUGAUGACACUGUCUCUCCGAUCUAAAUAAUAGAAAUGUUUUAUGUACUGUGGUUUUCACUGGAGUGUAGUGGAAUAACAUGAUUAUGUUACGGUCAAACAAGAUGUUACAGAAACAUGUUGUCUCUCUGAACUGUGGGGAACCAAAGUUGAAUAAAAAACCUCGAUCUAACAGUG